CUCAUUUCCCUCCCAAAUCCAUCUUCCUCUGGAAGCCACCACUCUGUAUCUUAUAUCUCUGGAAGCCACCACUCGACUCUACUCUCCGUCUCUCCCUCUCUUUUGCCGUCUGACUAGUCUCCGACUUUGAUAUGGUCAUCGCCGUUGCACACGACGACGUUAGGGUUUGAAGAUGGGAGACCGCAUCCACGAGUCUUCUAUGCAUGUUCGAUGGGUUCGUGACGUUGUUCUUGCGUAUCUCACGAUUCGGUGGGUGCUUUUUUAGGAUGAAGGAAUCUGCAUGCAAUUUUGUGGGUCGCUAUUGGAUGCGACGAUGCGGUGUUGUCGCAUGCUCUGAUUGCCAUGGCGAAGAGGAACUUCAAUGCGGUCGUCGUGUUGUCUUCCGACGAAGAGGAUGAAGGUGCGGGUGCACGAGUUCACCGUAAAGCGAAGUCGGAGCCGAGGAGGAACGAAGCUCGCAAGAAAUCAAGGGGCUUGAGGAGAGAUUCGGUGCCGUGUGGUCGACUUCUUGCGGGAUCUAACAAGAUUGAAGAGGAUUUUGCAAAUUUUUUCCCCUCAGAUCUCUGUGAAGAUCUUCUUCAGUUUACUUCCAAACCUGUUAAAAGUAAAGCUGGAUCAGGUACUGGUGACAGUGGCUGCAACGGUUUGUGGGUUGAAAAAUACAGGCCAAACUCAAUAACCGAGCUUGUGGUCCAUCAUAAGAAGGUUGAUGAAGUGAAGUUGUGGCUAGAAGAAAGAUUAAUAAGCCCAAAGAAAAGAUAUGGUGACAACGUUCUUGUUAUUACUGGUCCAGCGGGCAUCGGAAAAUCGGCUACAGUUUAUGUUGUUGCAUCCGACCUUGGAGCAGAAGUUUGUGAAUGGAAAACACCAACUCCUACCGUCUGGCAAGAAUAUAGCCAUUCUUUUAAGUCGGGCCUGCAGUACAGGUCUAAGUUGGACGAGUUUGAGGCCUUUGUGGAUGGGAUACAGAAGUAUCCAUUGCUACCAUCUGCGUCUGAUGGAGUUCCAAAAACACCUGUGAUGCUGUUAAUUGAUGAUCUUCCUUUGACUAGCAGAAGGGAUUCUUGUGGAAGGCUCUGUAAAUGUUUGCAGUGGCUUGCACAGUCAGCUCAAUAUCCAACAAUUGUAUCAAUUACAGAAUGUGGUAAAUCUGAAGCUGGUUGUACCACAUAUUAUGGGGAAGAAGUAGUAUCAUAUCUUGAGAAGUUCGGAGUUCCGAAGGUGGCUUUUAAUCCCAUCACAGUAAAUUCUAUCAAGAGGGUACUUGCUAAAAUAUGCAAAGAAGAGGAGCUGAGUAUGUCCCCUGGAUGGAUAGAUCAUAUAGCUAGAGGAAGUGGGGGUGAUAUAAGACAUGCGAUAAUGUCCUUGCAAUAUUACUCUCUGAGAGUAGAUCUUAUGCUUUCCUCGCCGUUGUCCAACCUGGUUAUCUCAACUCCAAAGUCUGAAGCUAGUAAAUCUGGACGCCGCUUUUCAAAUCCAACAAUCAGAUAUGAUUUUAAUGAAGGCUUCAUCCCAUUGGCAGUGGGCAGAGAUGAAACAUUGACUCUAUUUCAUGGUCUGGGGAAGUUUUUGCACAACAAAAGAGAUCCAAUAGCUGCUGUAGAAAAUGAUGGUUGCUUUCCUUUGCGCAAAGAGUUGGUGAGGCUUCCUCUGAAAAUGGAUUCUCCUGAGAAUAUCUUUUUACAGGCACAUGGUGAAGCAAGGCAGGUUCUUGAAUUUCUCCAUGAGAAUGUGCUGGAUUUCAUAUGUGAUGAAGCAGUUGACGAUGCAUUUACAGUGGCCUCUUAUUUUAGUGAAGCCGAUGGGCUUGUUGCAACUUCUUUGUCGUCAUCUAGAACGGCCAUGUUGGAUCGCUAUGAUGCAAGAAGCCUUUCACAGUUUCUGGCUGCAUCCGUUGCCACACGUGGAGUGCUGUUUGGUAAUUCACGGCCUUCAAGCUCCAGAUGGCAUUCAAUACGCAGCCCAAAGCUAUGGCAGGUUGAGCAAUCAUUCCAGCAGCGAAAGAAGGAAAUUCUUGAAAAAAGGUUAGAGAUUUGUAGCAACUUCACUUCAUCUAGCUUCUCUAUCUUUGCUGCUGAGUUCAACCCCAGUUUGAGAUGGCUGGAACAUCGAGUUGCUAUGAGCGCUGAAGCUGGAGAGCCUCCUGUGCAGUUACUGGGUAAGGCUGAAUCUGGUUGGACUCAUUCUGGUAGAAAUUUUUUUUCCAGCAGGCAUGCUAGUUCUGACUUUCCCAACGAAGAGUUGGGAGAAAGUGAAGAUGAGAUAGAAGACUGGUGACUCUCUCUCUCUCGUAGCUAAAUCACUUACAAUUUUGUUAUAUAGAGAUAAGAUCAAAAAAUUGUAUAGCCCCUCGUAAAAGAUUAUUCAUGUAAACGCUAAAAUUUUAUUCAUAAAGUAAGCCACUCGUUCGGUGCA